CUAUUUGUGUCCUUGCGCUGGAGAAGAUCAUUUGAUCUGUUACUAGGUUUUUCGUUCAUUCGAAAGGCCAUUUCAAUCUUGUUAAGGAUGGCGUGGAGAGCUCAAUUGUCUCGCAAUCUGAAGGAGCUUCGUUUCCUUUUCUGCCAGACUUCGCCGGCCAGUGCUCAGACUCGGGAAUUUCUGCACAAGAGCUACAAGGAUCUGAAGACGCUGAACCCUAAACUCCCCAUCUUGAUCCGCGAAUGCAGGGGAGUUGAACCUCAACUUUGGGCGAGAUACGGGCAUGUUGACACAAAAUGCAAGAGGCAUUGACAAGGAAGAAGGAAUGCUGAACUCUUAACCCUUGUCAAGGUCGCCUCGUGUUACCUGCAGAAGCCUUGUGCCAAAGCUAUGACAGGUCAUAGAACUCACUAAGUCUUGUGUGAAGGCACAAAUGUUGUUGCAGUCAUUGCCUUUGUCUUAUGCGAAGGUUCUGACAUUGUUACAACCACACUGUCGUCAUGGACCAUGCUGAAGUCGACCUUGUCGUGGUCACUGCAGUUGCGUGCAAGUUUCAUUGUCUCGCCCUAUUUAUCUUUCCAGUCAGCGGUCGACAGAUUGAACAAGAUGUUUUACCUGUGUCAUUUGUUUGCUAAGACACAAACCACAGAUUCUAUUGAUUUCUUUAACUUGCCAAGUGAAUUAAACAUUGUGUCCUCAUUAUAGUCAUGGAUCCUACCAAAUGCUAGUUUUAUUUCUAGUUGUAACUUCUGAAAAUUUCAAUCUAAUUGGAACACAAAGACUAAGUUAUGGCUUCAGUGUCUCACUAUGUAUUGAUCAAAAAUUUUGUUUGAUUGCCCAAUGGAGGCAUGAAAUCAUAAGCAAUAUGGUAAAAAGUUGAAUAUGCACUUAUGUCUGAACAUGUGAUAGCUUUGUCUGUUUUUAAAAUGAUGAUCUUGGUUAGGUGUAGCUAAAAAUUUCAGUUCCAAGUUUUAAGAAAGCAGCAAUUGCUGCAGCAACCUUUCAUAUUUCCAGAUUGCUUUGUGAUUAAGUAUUAUAUUUGCAUUUUAGUUGGAAACUUUUUUUUUUUGUGCUUGCUUUUUUCUAAUACUUCGGUUACUCUGCCAGAUGUGGGUGUUGAGAGAUGUGUUAACUUGGAUGGUCUGACGGAAGCUCAAAUUAA